CGGGAAACGUGUGAGCAAGCCGGAGAGAUGGGCACCCUCAUCUCCGCGCCUCCAGGGUUGGAGAGGUGUUGUUGCCUGGGAGACGGCCGGGACCUGAGUCCCGAGUCCCGGUAGCCGAAAGGGGAAGUUCCCGGUGACCUGGUGAAGGAGGCGGGACUCGCUAUUACCACCCGGGCCACUCGUCACCCGCCCUGGGUGCCUUCUCACUCCUAGGCCGGCACCCACGAUGGCCGAGGGGGAGGCCCGAGGCCGCCUGUGGCUGGAGAGCCCCCCAGGGGGGGCGCCCCCCAUCUUCCUGCCCUCGGAUGGGCAAGCUCUGGUGCUAGGCCGCGGACCCCUGACCCAGGUUACAGACCGGAAGUGCUCCCGAAACCAAGUGGAGCUGCUUGCAGACCUGGAGACUCGGACGGUGGCGGUGAAACAGCUGGGUGUUAACCCUACAACUGUCGGAACCCAAGAACUGAGGCCAGGGUUGGAGGAAUCUCUUGGGCUGGGGGACACACUAUAUUUGGUCAAUGGCCUCCACCCCCUGACCCUGCGCUGGGAAGAUACCCACAUACCAGGUCUCCAACCAGACACUCCACCUGGAACCCCACCGGUGACCCCUCACAGGGAAGAGGAGGAGAGGGAGGAGGAGGUCAAACAGCAGAAAAAGCGGAUGCGGAUAACAUCCCCAGGCUGGCAGAACCUGGAGAAGCUGCUGGUGUUCACGGCACCUGGAGUGAAGCCCCGAGACAGGGUGGCUGCCUUUGAUCUGGAUGGGACCCUUAUCUGCACUCGUUCUGGAAAGGUCUUUCCCACUGGCCCCAGUGACUGGAGGGUCUUGUACCCAGAGAUUCCUCAGAAGCUCCGGGAGCUGCAUGCUGAGGGCUACAAGCUGGUGAUCUUCACCAACCAGAUGGGCAUUGGACGAGGGAAGCUGCCAGCAGAGGACUUCAAGGCCAAGGUGGAGGCUGUCUUAGAGAAGCUGGGGGCUCCCUUCCAGGUGCUGGUGGCCACACACGCAGGGCUGUACCGGAAGCCAGUGACAGGCAUGUGGGACCACCUGCAGAAACAGGCCAACGAGGAUGUGCCCAUCUCCAUCACCGACAGCGUGUUCAUAGGCGAUGCAGCAGGUCGCCCCGCCAACUGGGCCCCAGGGCGGAAGAAGAAGGACUUCUCCUGUGCAGACCGCCUGUUUGCCCUCAACCUUGGCUUGCCCUUCUCCACACCAGAGGAGUUCUUCCUCCGGUGGCCUACAGCCCACUUCGAGCUCCCGGCCUUUGACCCAAGGACCGUCCCAGGGUCCGGGCCCCUCUGCCUGCCAGAGUCCGCUGCCCUCCUGAGCUCCAGCCCUGAGGUGGUUGUCGCCGUGGGAUUCCCCGGGGCUGGGAAGUCCACCUUCCUCCAGGAGCACCUGGUGUCUGCCGGAUAUGUCCACGUCAACAGGGAUACAUUGGGCUCCUGGCAGCGCUGUGUGAGCGCCUGUGAGGCGGCACUGAAGCAAAAGAAGCAGGUUGUGAUUGACAACACAAACCCAGAUGCCCUGAGCAGAGCCAGGUACAUCCAGUGCGCCCGGGACGCCGGCGUACCCUGCCGCUGCUUCCUCUUCCCUGUCACUCUGGACCAGGCCCGCCACAACAACCGGUUCCGGGAGAUGACCAGCUCUUCGCACGCACCCGUGUCUGACAUGGUCAUGUUCGGAUACAGGAAGCAGUUUGAGGCCCCCACGCUGGCUGAAGGCUUCUGUGCCAUCCUGGAGAUCCCAUUUCGGCUGCGGCUGGAGCCGCAGCUUGAGCGACUGUACCGCCAGUUCUCGGAGGGCUGAGCUGUGGCCUGUACCCCAAAAUAAAUGUCUAUUUUUGUUCCAA